AUGGUGGCCACCGAGGGGCUGCGCGAGAUGGAGGGCAGCGCGCUGCGCCGGCUCGUGGGCCGCGACGAGGCCGGGGCCGGCGGCGCCGCGCGGUGCCUGGUGCUGGACUGCCGCCCCUUCCUGGCGCACAGCGCCGGGCACAUCCGCGGGGCGCUCAACGUGCGCUGCAACACGAUCGUGCGGCGGCGGGCCAAGGGCGCCGUGAGCCUGGAGCAGAUCCUGCCGGCCGAGGGCGAGGUGCGGGCGCGGCUGCGGGCCGGGCUCUACGCCGCCGUCGUGGUGUACGACGAGCGCAGCCCGCGCGCCGAGGCCCUGCGCGAGGACAGCACCGUGGCGCUCGUGGUGCGCGCGCUCCGUCGCGACACGGCGCGCGCCGACAUCCGCCUCCUGGCAGGGGGCUAUGAGCGCUUCUCCUCGGAGUACCCCGAAUUCUGCGCAAAAACCAAGUCCCUGAGCAAUGUGUCACCCCCCACCAGCGCUGAGCCCCUGGAUCUGGGCUGCAGUUCCUGUGGGACCCCCUUCCAUGACCAGGGUGGGCCUGUGGAGAUCCUUCCCUUCCUCUACCUUGGCAGCGCCUACCACGCAGCCCGGCGGGACAUGCUUGAUGCACUGGGCAUCACAGCCCUGCUGAACGUCUCCUCAGACUGCCCCAACCACUUCGAGGGGCACUACCAGUACAAGUGCAUCCCUGUGGAGGACAACCACAAAGCUGACAUCAGCUCCUGGUUCAUGGAGGCAAUUGAGUUCAUUGACUCAGUGAAGGAGUGCUGUGGCCGUGUCCUGGUGCACUGCCAGGCUGGCAUCUCCCGCUCGGCCACCAUCUGCUUGGCGUACCUGAUGAUGAAGAAGCGUGUCAAGCUAGAGGAGGCCUUCGAGUUUGUCAAGCAGCGCCGGAGCAUCAUCUCCCCCAACUUCAGCUUCAUGGGGCAGCUGCUGCAGUUCGAGUCGCAGGUGUUGGCCACUUCGUACGCGGUGGAGGCCGUCAGCCCCUCGGGGACGCUGCGGGAGCGGGGCAAGGCCACCUCCACCCCCACCUCGCAGUUUGUCUUCAGCUUCCCGGUGUCUGUCGGUGUCCAUGCCACCCCCAGCAGCCUGCCCUACCUGCACAGCCCCAUCACCACAUCACCCAGCUGUUAGCUCAGGGCCAGGCCAGCCGGGCAGGCAGUGCCGGGCGUGCAGGGGCGCCGAGCCCCGUGAUGUUAAGCAAUAGUGCCGGACACUGCCCUUCACCCUGGACUCGCCAUCUUUUUCGUAGAGAAAUUUCUUACCUCAUCUUGGUUUGUUUGCUUUUUAUUGUUAUGUUUUAAAAGCACGAAGUUGUAAAAGCCACAAACCUUGACAUUGUCCAGGCUCUUUGGGGGAGGAACAAAAUAGUAUACUGGGUUUCCUCAAGUGCCUGGUCUUCACGUGUUUCCAUCCCCAUUUUACUGUCUUAUUUUUUACACCUCCCCUUCUCCCCAUGUUUCUGGUCCCAGCUCAUCUAGGUUGACAAGGGAGCAUUCCCUGUUUUUAUUGUGCAGCAGCCUUCCCUCUUGCAGAGACACCUUGGUGUGUGUGGUGGGUGCUGCUUACCUGAGCCAGGUACACUUUGGACAAGCAGAGCUGCAGGCAGGGCCUUGGGGCGAGCAGGAGUGGUGGCACGGGGCUGCCUGCACUCAACCUCAGCCCUGCCAGUGCCUGGGGAGAUGAGGCAGGAGCUGGCAGGCACCUGCCAAAUCACCAGCUGAGCCUAUUCCAGGGGGAGAGCAAUCUUUGUGGUUGGGAAGUGGUUUGGAGGGAGAGAUGUAGUCUGAAAUGCCUCUUUUCUUGCCUCUGUGGAUCACUGGUUUCUAGAAAACUUAGGUCCAAUCUCCUGUGGCUUUAAGAUGAGAAAGAAGGGGUUAGGGCAGCAGUCUGGGCUGCUUUUGAUUACUCUGUUCAGUUUCCUCUUCAUUCGUCCCACUGCUGCUCUUCUUCCAAAAGUAGCAGGAAGGGACAUGGGUGGGCCAUAAUGGAAGAGAGAACCUGUGGGGUGGAGGACAGGCUGGCCCAGAGGUGUCAUUCAUCCAGCAUUUUCAAGCUUCUCCCACCUCAUGACCAGCCCUUUUCCUGUGCUGAGUCUUGUUCACCUGUGCAACAUUUCUGCAGCUUUUGGCCCAAGCCUUGAAAAUGCCUCAUCUUCAACCCACCUGGAGCCUUAUUUCCCACCCUACCUCUGUCCUUCCCUCCAGCCCAGUCCAACACACAAGAUGCCUGUGUGGCUGAUGUACAUAUGUAUGGUUUUGUUCCUUUUUUUUUUCUAGAAAUUAACUUUUUAUUUAUUGCCUGAGGGAGGGAGAAAACAUUGUUUGGAGAAAAUAAAAAUAAAACUGUUUUCAACAGUUUGGUUUGGCUGGAGCAAAUUUGUCCUAAAACCAAGACAGAGCAGCAGGUUCUGCACACAUUCCAUUUUCACAGAGCAACUGUUAAAAAUGUAUUUAUUGACUUUUAAACUAUUACAGGUAUUGCAGAUCAGACAUUUAGCCAAGCACACUUAUAGAUCAAACUCAGUUGUUACAGAGAUGUUACCUAAAGUCCACCAUGUAGGUAGGCUGAGAAACUGCCCAUUGUCUUCAACUUUGAGAGAGAAGGUAAAAGAAGAAAUAAAUAAAUGAUAUCCCAGCUCCAGAUAAUUGGCAACCAAGAGAGGACAAAUACAGGGCUAGUUAUGAAAACAAGUUACACAAUAAAGGUCUAGAAAUUCAACCCCCAGCUACAUUGCCAUGUGGCUUGCCAGAGAAAGCAAUUAGGAAUGACAAAGCACAAGCUCAUGGGUUCGCAGCACAGAAAAUCCCCAUUUCAAUUUCCAAAGCUGAAGCAAGUUCUGCAGAUGUUAAGAAAGUGUCAAAAUUAUCUUGUAAUAACAGAGAUUCUAAUAAUCUACAUUAGUAAUUAUUGGGACCAGCACUAAAACUUGCCAUCAACAUGUUCAGCAAGACCCAUACAUCAAAACCAGCCAGAUAAUGUGACUUGACAGGCAUAUGUGUCAGUGUAAUGGAAAUGCAUCUGCUUCCCAUGUCCCCUACAGAUUCCCAGGCUCAUCACCUUGCUUCAGAGAUUUUAACACACAUAUAGUGUUCCCCAAUCCGCUGGGUUUCACAUCUACUCUGUGUUGAGAGGUGGGAACACUGCUGCUCCCUCUCUGCACAUCUGUCCUGCCACUCUUGGAAAGACCAGGAGAACAUGCUCUGGGACUGUGCCAAGCCACCACCUCUGAUCACCAAUGGAUUCAAGCCUGUGGAGGUUCACAAGCCAGUUGCUACAUGAGACAAGAACUGAGGAUGUGCUUUCCCAGGUGUUCCCUAUGCAGGCUGCAGCACAGCUUACAAUGCGGCACGAAUAUUCAGUUUAACAUACCUGAAGCACGCAUUAGAUGCACCUCCUCUUGGAUUUCUGAGCUAAACUUUCUGUAGCAAAGCAGCAGGGAAACAGAGAAAUCCCACUGAAAAUAAAUUCACAUAUUUCCUGACAUUGAGCUUCUGAGAAUGAUUAGCAAUGUUCAAACUAAUCUGUUUUGUGGCUGGACCCUUCCUUUUUACCCAUCUUGAAAAAUCCUGUUCAGGGCAAUUUCUGUUAGCAGUCCCACAUGGAAAUUGCAGGCAGUGCAUGAACUGUGCAGAAACUGAUGCCAUUGGAGGGAUGCAGUGGCACAACAUGCUUGCAUCCCUCAGCACCUCACACAUUCACGGGGAGCAGACACCUCCUCUAACCUAGAACGAACAGCAGGAGCAGCUGGUUUCCAGAGCCAAGAAAGUGCCUUUCUCCAGCAGCUACUCCCUCCCAUAUGCCACAUCCCUUUUCUGUGUCUGCUGGCCACCACAGCCAACAGUGCACAACAUUUUGCAGGGUUUUCUCUCCGCUUCAGUGUAGAAUUUUCUUUUGAGGUACUCCCAUAACAAACAAGCAAAGCUUAAGUUUGCAGACAAAAUAAAUUCCUGCUACAUAAUGCAGUGGGAUUCAAUUGCAUCUCAUGCAAACACUUGAAACAGAGGUUAAAAAACCAAUAGUGACUGCCACAUGGUGGAACUAGUAUAACAGGUUUGUAACAGUCUCUAUGGAGCUGGGAUCAAACACAACUGGUAGAUAAAAAUAAGAAUGAAAAAAUAAAAUAUACCUUAUUAAGGUACUGUACUGUCUGCUUUUAAUCCUAACAAAAGUUUUGUUGACAGCAAUCAGAAUGCAGUGUCACUCUGCACCAGGUAUCUAACUCAUCAGUCUCAUGGAAACAGUUUCAGCAGUGGAGAGCAGAACCCUCCUUUGUUAGGUGGUGACUUUUCUUUCUGUUUUGCCUAUUAAGGUCCUGUUGCGAAACUACACAGAAGUUUCAAAAUGCUGCCUCAAAGGGACACUGACAAAGAUCAAUAGGCCUGAGAGACACAUUGUCCCUGAUGCCAGCAGACACCAAGUUCUGUCCCUGAUCUCCCAAGCCUAUGAGGGCUUAGCUCAGUGUUUUUACGUCCUCAGCUCCUACUGGAGUACCUCCCACUGGUGAUCCAAUGCUGCAAAGUGAGCAUCCCCAUACCAGGGGACUGCUCUUCUCAGGAGGUCAAAAACUUCAUUUCUCAGGAGGCAGCACCUGCCUGGUGAUAGGGUCACAGUAUUUGUAAGGUCCCACUGUAGUUAACUCCCCCAGCUGAAGCAGCAGCGUCUGUACCGUUAACAGCCUGCCAAAAGCACCACAGCCACCGCCGGGUUUUUAACGGGUCACUUUGGUAUUGAUGGGCAAUCCUCACUUUGUUUUGAACUGAAAGAGCACCUAUGACAGCAUAUGCUACUCUUGCAUAGGUGUCUGCAACACACAGAUGCAUCAUCAGGCCUGGGUACUCCUCUGUGUCUGGCCACAAACGGAUACGAGCUCACGUCAUUACGAGACAAAAACCACUGCAAAAUGAUUUCCUCACACAGCACCUUUACUCUGCACAGAACAUCAGAAACAUUAACACUGGCAGUUCAAAGAUACUGGAAAGUCGAAUCACAGAAUAUGCUGAGUUGGAAGGGACCCAUCAGGAUCACUGAGUCUAACUCCUGACUCUGCACAAGACAGCCCCAGGAGUCACACCAUGUGCCCGAGAGUGUUGUCCAAAACUUCUUGAAUUCUAUCAGGCUUGGUGCUAAGACCACUUUCCCUGGGGUCCCUCUGGGUGAAAAUCCUUUCUCUUAAUACCCAACCUAAAUCUCCCUACUAAUCUCAGCUUCAUGCUGUUUCCUCCAGUCUUGUUACUGGUCAUGGGAGUGAAGAUAUUGGUACCUGCACAUCCACUUCCUCUCGUGAGGAUGUUGAAAACCCCAAUGAGGUCUCCCCUCAGUCUCCUCCAGGCUAUUUUUAUCUUCUAGAAGUUUCAGGCUGCAAAAGGAAUCCUGUCUAGCCAUUAGUUCAACCAGCACAUAGGAAACAACAAGCAAGAACAGCAUCCGCUGCGGGCUCGGUGGGGCUUUCCUUUUUAGAUUUGUUCUUGUUUAUGAAAGAUGUAAAGUUUUAACUUUCACACCCACAUUAACCAUUUUGCUCACCUAAGCAGCACAGCUGUUUCACCAUUUAAAACUAUGUCUAACUGGGGAUGGAGAGCAGCACUCACUCUGGUUGCUAUCUGAAACCCUAGAGCAGAUAGGCACAUCCCCUCAUGCCCUUAUUAACUAAAUGAAAAACAAACCCCAAACUUCAAUGGUGAAUACAAAGCUUCAAAGCCUAGUGGUGAUCUUUGCAAUCCUCUAACACUAUGAAACGAGUAGCCAAAAUACAAGCACCCAAUUUUAUCAAUGAAACUUGUUUAAAAGGACAACUAGGCAGGAGCCUGGCUGGGACUUCAAAGCUACAUAUUUAAUCAAGUCACAAAAUGAAGCGAGAACCAUAUAUCCACUGUCAGCUCAAGAAAAGUAAGAGUUCAAGUUCUGUUGGAGUAUUGCUAUUUCUAAGGUUUCCUUUAGAGAUAUUACAAAGAGAUGAUGUCCAGGUAGCCAUAUUGCAUCAAAUGACUGAUUUUACAGUGGGUGAUCACUGGUGAUUACUUCUUGUGAAGAUGACUUGCUUCAACAUUAAUGCCUUACCACUAAAAAUAAAAGUGUUGUGUCUUAAUGCUGAAAGUGAAAUGCUCUUCAGGAUUAAGUCU